CCCGCCUCUCCCUAGCCUUUUGUGACGCGACGCCCUGGGCGUUUUGAGCGGGAAAAAAACCUCUUGGAGCUCCAUAGCGUUGAGUGUGUGACCGGCUGUUUUCGUGGAGGUCCCCCGGGGCCCAGCAUGGGGCUGCUGGAGCUGUGCGAGGAAGUGUUCGGCACAGCCGACCUUUACCGGGUGCUCGGCGUGCGGCGCGAGGCGUCGGACGGCGAAGUCCGACGCGGCUACCACAAAGUGUCCUUGCAGGUGCACCCAGACCGGGUGGGCGAGGCCAACAAGGAGGACGCUACCCGCCGCUUCCAGAUCCUGGGAAAAGUCUAUUCUGUUUUAAGUGAUAAGGAACAGAGAGCAGUGUACGAUGAACAGGGAACAGUGGACGAGGACUCCGCUAUGCUCACUCAAGACCGAGAUUGGGAGGCCUAUUGGAGGUUACUCUUUAAAAAGAUCUCUCUAGAGGACAUUCAAGCUUUUGAAAAGACAUACAAAGGUUCUGAAGAAGAGCUGGCUGAUAUUAAACAGGCCUAUCUGGAUUUCAAGGGUGACAUGGAUCAGAUCAUGGAGUCUGUGCUUUGUGUGCAGUACACAGAGGAACCCAGGAUAAGGAAUAUUAUUCAGCAAGCUAUUGACACCGGAGAGGUCCCAUCCUAUAAAGCCUUUGUCAGAGAAUCGAAACAAAAGAUGAAUGCAAGGAAAAGGAGGGCUCAGGAAGAAGCUAGAGAAGCAGAAAUAACCAGGAAGGAGUUGGGGCUUCAUGAAGGAGUGGAUAACUUGAAAGCAGUCAUUCAGAGCAGACAAAAGGAUCGGCAAAAAGAAAUGGACAAUUUUCUGGCUCAGAUGGAAGCAAAGUACUGCAAACCUUCCAAAGGAGGAGGGAAAAAAACAUCUCUCAAGAAAGAAAAGAAAUAAUGGAAUUUUUCUUUUCGAAGAUCUUAGGUACUAAUUGGUGCCAUUGUAAGCAAGGUGCAGGCAAAAGUCAACCCAAUUCUUGAGAGGUGUUUUUCCAGCCUAAAUUAUUCAGAUUGACUAAACCAAGAAGAGUGUCUGAACCUGAUUUUAUUAUUUCCUGGAAAUCACCUGAUAUUGUGUGAAAUCUCAUGUGAAUUUGUUGGUGAUGGGUGGGAGGGCAGUAUAAUUCCCGACAGCACUUCCUUUGGAUUGUCUGUACGUGAAGCUCUUAUCUAGAAGAGGGGGGGUCUCUCCAUAUUGUUUUUUUGUGAUGUACAUAUUUCGUGGAAUUGAAAUUCUGCCUAGGUAGGACACUUCCAUAACACUGAACAGCCAUCUUUCAAAUAACUGCCAAAUUACAUUUGGUCUUAAUGAUCCAGAAUAGAUUGUUUUAUUCAGACAGGUUCUGUACUCCUAAAGUAUAGGAAAAACAGGUGUUCAGAUUACUUCAAGCAUUUUUCUAAGACUUGUAUAUGAUUAAAUGAGCAAAAUGA